CUGCAGUUCUGCUCUCUCCCCGGCCUCUGAGCGGAUGAUCCAGCCGACCUCACCGCGCGCGGCUGCUUUCAACCUGCAUGUUUGCUGCUGAGCGCUUAUGUGAGCCCCUCGGGACCGGAUCCGUCAGGACCAGAAGCUGACAGGUGUCCCACCAGAACUGAACUUGUGUGAAACGGUUUUGUGCGCCGGAACUUUAGAAGAACGGAUCGAACUUUUCAGUUUAAAGUUAGAAGUGGAGUUUUUUUUGUUCCGUGGAGAUGAGUGGAUCGCUGUGGAUUUCUUCGUGUCCCCUCGCGGUUUGAACAGGAACACCAUGCUGCCUGUGCGGCUCCUGUUCCUGUUAGUGGGCUGCGGUCAGCUCCACGCCACUUUCAGUCCGGAUCGUGGCUCGUCCGCCGCAGACAAGAACGCGCACAGGCGGAGAUGGCGCAACAACGGAACGAUGAUACGUGGAGGCAGUGCGCGCGUGUCGUGGUCUGACACUGGCAGCUCUGAGGCCUAUAAGCUGGGGGAGACACGCGGGUCCCGGUGGGCUGUGCGUAAAAGUCACGCGCAAAAUGGAACGAAGGCAACUCAAUCGGAGCCAGGAGAUUUACGCACAGCCACCCUGCCAGGAGGAACCGGAUGUGGUGGAGGAGACGCGCUUAACGGAACAAAAUGCACAACCAGAACCGGUAGACACCAGGAGAGGAGCGGUUCGGGUCUGAAGACCGGCAGGGCUCGGCGUGACUUACGGUCGGAAGGUCCUGCAGGGGCCAUGGCGCAGGGCCAGGACACCGGACAUCCCAACAUAAGUGAUUAUGAGGAGGAGUACUCCCUGCCGGACCUCCCCGACACCACACUGGAGCCCGUGAACCCCCGGACCCGCCGCAAGCCGGUGAAGAAUCCGUUCUACCCGCCCUCCGCGGAAUCUUACGGCGCGUACGCGGUGACGCUGGCCGCCGCCGUCAUCUUCAGCGUGGGGAUCAUCGGGAACGUGUCGCUCAUGUGCAUCGUGUGUCACAACUACUACAUGAGGAGCAUCUCCAACUCGCUGCUCGCCAACCUCGCGCUCUGGGAUUUCCUCCUCAUCUUCUUCUGCCUGCCGCUCGUGGUGUUCCACGAGCUCACCAAGAACUGGCUGCUGGGAGAGUUCUCGUGCAGGAUUAUCCCCUACCUGGAGGUGGCGUCUCUUGGGGUCACGACAUUCUCGCUGUGCGCUCUGUGCAUCGACCGUUUCCGCGCCGCCACCAACGUGAAGAUGUACUACGAGAUGAUCGAGAACUGGGUUUCCACCACGGCCAAGCUCGCCGUCAUCUGGGUCGGCGCUCUGCUGCUGGCUUUACCCGAGCUGCUGAUCCGACAGCUGGUGACCGAGGACGGAGAUCCGCCCGACGUGACGCCCUGCGAACGCUGCGUGGUCCGUAUUUCCACCCAACUCCCCGACACGCUCUACGUCUUGGGGCUGACCUACAACGGGGCGCGCCUCUGGUGGUACUUCGGCUGCUACUUUUGUCUGCCGACGCUGUUUACCAUCUGCAGCUCACUGGCCACGGCCCGCAAGAUCCGCCACGCUGAACGGACCUGCGUACGAGGGAGCAAGAAGCAGAUCCAGCUGGAAAGCCAGAUGAACUGUGCCGUGGUGGCUCUGGCCAUCCUCUACGGCUUCUGCAUCAUCCCAGAGAACAUCUGCAACAUUGUCACCAUGUACUUGGCAGCUGGUGUUCCUCGGAGAACUCUGGACAUCCUGUACCUGGUCAGCCAGCUGUUGCUCUUUUGCAAGUCGGCCUUUACUCCGGUCCUGCUGUUCUGCCUGUGCCAGCCCUUCACCAGAGCUUUCCUAGACUGCUGCUGCUGCUGCUGCGACGAGUGCGGCCCGCCCCGCUCCGCCGCCGCCACCGCUGAUAUCGAAAACGAGUGCGCCACCACCGAGCUGGAGCUGUCYCCGUUCAGUACCAUCCGCAGGGAGCCUUCUACCUCUGCUGUGGGGACACACUGCUGAGGUCAAAGGUCAACGACAGACAGCAUCUCAACAGAAAUCUGACUGAUGAGCUGAAAGACUCCUGAUGCAGACGGCUGUCCAUCCACUGUUUUAUAUCUGCGAACGAAUAAACAGUCAACUUUA